GGCUCGCAAGAUGUCAAAGCUUUCAGCGCCGCAGAGGCGGCUAAGCUCCAAGGCUGCGUUGACCAUCUGCUACCCACCCACUCCUGGAGACUCUCUCUUCCCCAGUGAUUCUCACUUACCAUGCCGUCCAUUGCAUGGUUCCCGUUCUCAGCGCGGGCAGGCAAAGGGGAGGAAGGGAUGGCCGGGAGCAGCGUCUCCGGCGGUGGCGGCAGCCCACCGCUGUUCGCGACGGAGAAGCCGGCGCGGAUGGCGGCGUACGCGUACCAGCUGUUCGCGAGCACGGUCUUCGCGGGGGUUCUUCUGGUAUGGCUGUACAGAGCCACGCACGUGCCGCCGAGCAGCAGCGCGCGGCGGUGGGCGUGGCUCGGGCUCUCCGCGGCCGAGCUCUGGUUCGGCUUCUACUGGGUGCUGACGCUUUCCGUGCGGUGGAGCCCCGUCUACCGCCGCACCUUCCCGGACCGGCUCUCGCGAAGCUACAGGGAAGAGCAGCUUCCCGGGGUGGACAUAUUUGUGUGUACAGCAGACCCAACUGUUGAACCGCCAAAGCUUGUCAUCUCCACUGUCCUAUCUGUUAUGGCUUAUGACUACCCGCCGGAGAAGCUGAACAUCUAUUUAUCUGAUGAUGCUGGUUCCAUCGUAACAUUAUAUGCUCUGUAUGAGGCAUCAGAGUUUGCAAAGCACUGGAUUCCAUUUUGCAAGAAGUACAAGGUGGAACCAAGGUCACCAGCUGCCUACUUGGCCAAAGCAGCUACCCCUCCCGAUACAUGUGACGCUAAAGAGUGGCUUACCUUGAAGGAGAUGCACAAAGAUUUGACAGGUCGCGUGGAUUCAGUGGCAAAUUCAGGCAAGAUCCCUGAGGUUCCAGAAUGCAAUCUCAGAGGCUUCUCCCAGUGGAAUGGGAACAUAACACCUAGUGAUCACCCUUCAAUAAUUCAGAUUUUAAUUGAUGGAAACAAACGAAAGUCAAUUGACACUGACGGAAAUGCAUUACCAACACUUGUGUAUAUGGCACGUGAGAAGAAACCCCAUGAGCAUCAUCACUUCAAAGCUGGAUCGCUAAAUGCUUUGAUAAGGGUAUCAUCAGUGAUAAGUAACAGCCCGAUCAUUAUGAAUGUGGACUGUGAUAUGUACUCCAACAGUUCAGGAUCUAUCAGAGAUGCAUUGUGUUUCUUCCUUGAUGAAGAGCAAGGUCAAGAUAUUGGUUUUGUUCAGUACCCUCAGAACUUCGAAAAUGUGGUGCACGAUGACAUCUAUGGCAAUCCCAUCAACACUGUCAAUGAGUUGGAUCAUCCUUGCUUGGACGGAUGGGGUGGAAUGUGUUACUAUGGCACAGGAUGCUUCCAUCGGAGAGAAGCUCUAUGUGGGCGAAUAUGUAGUCAAGACUACAAGGAAGAUUGGACUAGAGUGGUGAGGAAAACAGAAGAUGUCGAUGAGUUGGGAGGAAUGGCUAAGUCACUUGCGAGUUGCACAUAUGAGCAUAACACCCUUUGGGGAAUCGAGAAGGGAGUUAGAUAUGGUUGCCCACUGGAGGAUGUCAUAACAGGAUUGCAAAUCCAAUGCCGUGGGUGGCGAUCAGUGUACUACAAUCCGGCAAGAAAGGGCUUCUUAGGCAUGGCACCCACCUCACUUGGACAGAUCCUGGUUCAGCACAAGAGAUGGACAGAAGGGUUCCUCCAGAUCUCCCUCUCAAAGUUCAGCCCCUUCCUGUUGGGUCACAGGAAGAUCAGGCUGGGCCUUCAAAUGGGUUACUCUGUCUGCGGGUUCUGGGCUCUGAACAGUUUCCCCACCUUGUACUAUGUCACCAUCCCUUCGCUUUGCUUCCUCAAUGGCAUCUCCCUCUUCCCUGAGAUAAGCAGCCCCUGGUUCCCACCGUUCGCAUACGUUGUUAUGGCUGCAUACUCCUGCAGCUUAGUGGAGUCACUGCGAUGCGGUGACUCUGCUGUAGAGUGGUGGAACGCACAGAGGAUGUGGCUGUUCAGGAGAAUCACCUCGUACCUCCUGGCAGCCAUCGACACAAGCCGCAUAAUGCUGGGCAUCUCCGAGUCGGGAUUCGCCCUGACGGCGAAAGUGAGCGAUUUGCAGGCCUUGGAGAGGUACAAGAAGGGAAUGAUGGAGUUUGGAUCCUUCUCCGCGAUGUUUGCGAUCAUUGCAACAAUUGCGCUGCUCAACCUGGCAUGCAUGGUGUACGGAACGGCCAGAGUUCUGUUACAUGAAGGCACGAAGGGCUCGGGAGCUUUGUUCAUGCAGGCUGUUCUCUGCGUGCUGAUAGUGGCCAUCAAUUUCCCGGUCUAUGAAGCACUCUUCCUCCGCAAGGACAGUGGUAGAUUGCCAGCUUCUGUGGCUCUGUUAGUCUUUUCCCUCUGCAUUGUGUUACCACUCUGUAUACUGCCAACCAAUAUGUAAAUGGCUUAGGCGAAACAUAAGAAAUACACUAAUAUGAUGUAUUUCCAAGGGAAUAAUUUAAAGAGUUAUAUUAUGUUCCUCGACA